UUGAGUAUCUGGUCAAUAUAAUGCAGAAUCUGUAAUAGAAAUAACGUUACAGGGAAAUAAGCGAGCACGGGGCAGUUCAAUCAGCCGUGUAGCCAACCUUUAAUGAUACAUUGUAUUUAAACUAGCUGAUACAGUUGUUGCAAAUAAUCUAUGGUGUUCUAGUAUCGAUAGGACAAUCGUCAACACGAGUAUGGCAACCCCUCUACCUCCUUGCGUGAUAGAUUGUGGGACUGGAUACACCAAGAUUGGAUAUGCUGGAAACACAGAGCCACAGUUUAUCAUGCCGUCCUGCAUCGCUAUACGGGAGUCAGCCGGUGUAGGAGACCAGGCACAGAGGCGACUUGUGAAGGGAGUGGAUGACUUGGAUUUCUUCAUAGGAGAUGAAGGCAUUGAUAAGCCCAACUAUGCAACCAAGUGGCCCAUCAGACAUGGGAUGGUGGAAGACUGGGAUUUGAUGGAAAAGUUCAUGGAGCAGAUCAUAUUCAAGUAUCUACGGGCAGAGCCUGAAGACCAUAGCUUCCUUAUGACAGAGCCUCCGUUGAACACGCCAGAGAACAGAGAGUAUCUGGCUGAGAUCAUGUUUGAGACCUUUAAUGUCCCAGGCCUGUACAUCGCAGUGCAGGCAGUUCUGGCCCUGGCAGCAUCAUGGACGUCUAGACAAGUAGGCGAGCGAACACUGACAGGAAUCGUGAUUGACAGCGGAGAUGGAGUCACCCAUGCCAUACCUGUGGCCGAAGGCUACGUCAUUGGGAGCUGUAUAAAGCACAUCCCCAUAGCAGGUCGAGACAUCACCUUGUUCAUCCAGCAGCUCCUCAGAGAGAGGGAGGUGGGUAUCCCCCCGGAACAGUCCAUGGAGACAGCCAAGGCAGUCAAGGAGAGGUACUGCUACAUCUGUCCGGACAUUGUGAAGGAAUUCGCCAAAUAUGACACAGACCCUGGGAAAUGGAUCAAGCAGUACAAAGGCAUCAAUGCCAUCAGCAAAUCUGAAUUCCACAUAGAUGUUGGAUAUGAACGCUUUCUAGGUCCAGAAAUAUUCUUUCAUCCAGAGUUUGCCAACCCAGACUUCACGCAGCCCAUCUCAGAUAUAGUUGACGAGGUUAUAAUGAACUGUCCAAUAGAUGUCAGAAGACCUCUAUAUAAGAAUAUUGUCCUGUCCGGCGGUUCCACCAUGUUCAGAGACUUUGGCCGGCGGCUGCAGAGAGACCUGAAGCGGUCGGUAGACGCCCGGCUCAAAUUGAGUGAGGAGCUCAGUGGAGGAAGGAUAAAGCCCAAGCCCAUGGAGGUCCUGGUGGUCACACACCACAUGCAGCGCUACGCUGUGUGGUUUGGAGGAUCCAUGCUUGCCUCUACGCCUGAGUUUCUCCAAGUUUGUCACUCAAAAAAGGACUACGAUGAGUUUGGCCCCAGCAUCUGCCGCCAUAACCCAGUCUUUGGUACCAUGUCCUAAGGCUAGAACCCACACCUACAGAACCUGCUGUUGACCCCGGCCUGGGUUCAGUCCAUGCAUCGUGAUUGUUGUCCUUACUUUACUAACAUAGCACUCUAACCUACCACACAAGAACCCCUUAGACGUUGAUGCGCAAUUGAAUUUGUCAACUACAGUAUAUUGUACAAUCAGUAUAGGCUACUUAGAAUGAACGUGAAUGAUACAAGUAAUUUAAUUAGACUCAGACCUCUUAUAGCACACAUACAGUGAAUGUUCAAUAUUCUCAUUGAAGCAACAUUGCAGACUAUUUAAUAAAAUUAAACAAGAAACGAAUCUAAACUGGAACACUUUGGUUGAAGUGAUAAACUUAAGACGGUUUUCUUGCAUCUACUUUCUUUAUUUCGCUGUACGCUCUUAAGAUUAACUUUAGAUCCUAUCCCAGGCUGCAUGAAUCAUGUGGGAAGGUAACCAAUGCUACUUCUGGAGUAGCUCAAGUUACGUUUGUCCAACAUCCAUAGAAUGUCAUGCUUUGAAAUUGUAUAUAGAAUAUAUAGAUAAAGAUACUAUAUAUUAUAAUAUAACAUAUUUAAAAUGUGUUUAUAUUUGUAUUAAAGAUAGUUUAUCAGAACAGGUAUGAACAGAUGUAGAUCGUACGCUGUACUUCAUUGACGUGAAAUAGUGUAAAGUGAAAGAAGAGAUAUUUAGUUUUAUUAGGUCCAAAAGUAUUUAUUUAAUUGUUUUUGUCAGCCACAAAUUAUCUAAGGUAUAUAAUAAUAUUGAAGUAUUUAUUUAUACAUUUCUGUGUAUCUGGAAGUUAUUUCCAUAAGGAACUGUGGUCACAAAAAAUAAAACUGCUGUAUGUGGCUAAUGUGAAUAAAGGUACUUGGCACCUUCA